AUGUCGCGGUGGGGACGCAAACGCAAAUACGACUUGUCGAAGAUGUCAGAUAAGGAGUUCAACGACUUUAUGGACUUUUGCGAAAACAGUGAUGAGGAAAUUGAAGGCGAUGAUUUCGAUAGUGACAACGACGUGAAUGACCCAGAUUUUGUGGUCCCCAAUCAAAAUGAUUCCUUUCUACAAGAAACAGCAAACAACAUUUCUGUAUCUGAUCUUUCUCUUUCCCUUGCUGUACCAACUGGUCCACAAGAAAAUCUAAAAAGCAUGUCUGUACCUCUUUCACAAGGAGAAAUUGAAAUUACAGGAACAGACGAAUUUUCGGGAAGGGGUAUACCAACUUCUUUAGCGCACUUUGAAUGCGAUGUUGCUAAUCUUCGAAACAAUAUGAAAGAGUUUCAAAACUUACUGUGGCGUAAAAAUCAUCUUCAAAUAAAUGUUGAAGAGUUGUCGUUUCAUAACCCGAAUCUUGAAGAGUUUUUUCACUUAAAAACACCCUAUGACUGCUUCGCAUACUUUUUUAAUACAGAGCUAUUGGAACUAAUUUGUGACGAAACCAAUCAAUAUGCUCGUCAGAAGAAAAUAAAUUCAACUUUCAUCUGCACAGUGCAAGAAAUACGAAAAUAUAUUGGCAUACUGAUAUUUAUGUCUAUAUAUCGUUUUCCGAAUGUGCGAUCAUAUUGGGGCAGACAUUCUUUUCAACCAAUAAAAUAUGCCAUGCCAGUAAAUCGAUUCGAAGAAAUUCGGAGCUACAUACAUUUCGCUGAUGGAUCGAAACGACCAUCUAGAGACCACGCUGACUAUGAUAUCUUGUACCUUGUUCGACCUAUUAUCAAACAUAUGAUUGUUCGAUUUUCCUCUGUGCCAAUGUCCCAGCGUUUGAGCGUCGACGAACAAAUGUGCGGCACGAAAAUGUCUAAAACAAAUAUCAAGCAGUAUAUGCCGAAAAAGCCUCAUAAAUGGGGUUUCAAAAUAUUCUCCAUUUGUGACACCAAAGGUUUUUCUUAUAGUUUUGAAUUGUUUACAGGCGCUUCCGAUAACGUCCGUGAAGAAGGAAUGCCUGAUUUGGGAGCCGCUUCAAAUAUUGUUGUCCGUUUGUCAAGAAACAUACCAGACUUUUCAAACCACAUAGUGUAUUUCGAUAAUUACUUUACGUCGCUUGGACUAUUGGUUUACCUUCGAAGUCGUGGAAUUUAUUCGCUUGGAACUUUUCGAGGCAACCGUGUGAAAAACUGUAAACUAUCUAACGAUGAACAGCUAGUGGUGAAAAAAGCUCCUCGUGGAUAUUCGGAGGAAUUCGUUGCCACCGCAUUUGGAGUAGAUAUUUCUACUGUUGUUUGGAAGGACAGCAAACCAGUUCGUUUAGCGUCAACGUAUGCAGGUGUGCAGCCAUUUAACUCGAAUAAUCGGAACGACCGAAACACAUUGUCCCGUCGCUAUAACCGCAAUAGAAAACAGUAUGAAUAUGUGAGCUGUCCAAACAUUGUCAAAGAAUACAACCGGCACAUGGGCGGAGUGGACUUGAUGGACAGUCUAAUUGGUCGCUACAAAAUUCGCAUGAAGACUGGUAAAUGGCCAUCUCGUAUUUUUCUCCAUGUUAUCGACUUGGCAAUAGUGAAUGCUUACGUUUUAUACCAUCGCAUCAAUCGUGAAAAACAUCAGCGUGUCGAGCUUCCACGAUUUCGGGAAGAAAUCGCCGAAACUCUCCUGCUCAUAUCGGAAACGAAAAAAUUAGGUCGCCUCACUACUGCAGAAAAACAAGCCGAAGAAGUACCAAAGGGAAGCAAGUUACUGUACCUACCACCUCCCAAUAUAAGGUAUGAUUGUCUCAAUCAUUGGCCAAAUUUCUGCGAUAAAAGUAGUAAACGUCAAUGUCGUAACAAGCCAUGUAAAUCGGAGACUUAA